AUGGGCCUACUAUCAACAACGAGCAGCAUGAGCCUCUCUGACCUCAAUGCAAAGGCUCUCGACAACUUUGUCUACAGCAAGGUUGACAGGGAGAUGAUCAGGUUCUUGGCUACCGCCGCCAGCGAAGUUAUCCAAUGCGAUCCCACCAUGAUGCCAUCACCAACAGUCGAGGCUUCUUCUGGAAGGGAACAACAACCUACCGCGCCACCAAAGGUUGUCAAGUGUGAAGAUGGCGGACUACCUACCCUCGAGGCCUUCAUCAGCCAGCUUGUCGUCAGCUCCAACGUUCAGGUUCCCACUCUCAUGUCGACUCUUGUCUACCUCAGGCGUCUAAAGUCCCGUCUUCAACCCAACGCCAAGGGCCUCCGCUGCACCACCCAUCGCAUUUUCCUCGCUGCCCUCAUCUUGGCCGCCAAGUACCUUAACGACAGCAGCCCCAAGAACAAGCACUGGGCUAGCUACACCAACAUGUCGAGCUCCGCCUACAACUUUGGCUUCAGUCGCACCGAGGUCAACCUGAUGGAGAAGCAGCUCCUCUGCCUUUUGGAUUGGGAAUUGCGCAUCACCGAGGAGGAUCUCUACCGCGAGUUGGACUACUUCCUGGCCCCAAUUCGCCGUGACAUCGAGGUCCGCCACGCCCGUCGCAUGCGCGAGAAGGCUGAGAAGCGCCAGCGCCAGUUGGAGGAGGAGGCCUGGGUCCAGGUUGCCGCCGCCGCCGCCGCUGCCCAGCACGUUCAGCAGCACCAACAGUCUCAGCCUACUUACAUCUCUCCUCCCUCAUCCCGUGGCAGCUCCCGCUCGCGCGGCGGUUACGCCUCUCGCGACACCUCGCCACCUGGUCUUUCCAGCUCCGCAUCUUCCUACACCAGCUCCACCAGCGGCAGCCGCUCGACGACUCCCGACAGCGAACUGGACCUUCCUCACUCUUACGUCGCCAUCAACGGCGACGACUACUACCAAUCUGCUGCUAUCCCGCCUUGCGUACCGGAGAAGGAUGCCGCGGCUGUGUACUUCAGCAGCACGCGCGGCGCCGCCGGCAACAAACGCGGUGGUCUCCCCUACGAGAUGACUUCUGAGGACAUGGAUGAUGGCAGCAGGGUGAAGCGCAUGCGCGGCAUGCUUGGACGCGUUUUUGGCGCUAACGUUGAUCGGAAUGGUAUUCCGGUCAGGUAA